AUGUCGACAAACGGCUUCUUUUGCGACAAUGACCUCCGAGUCGAGGACUUCGACGACGAAGAGACGGCCGGUUGUCGCGGCCCGGCGCCGCUGGUCGCGCGCGGUGUCGGUGGCCGUCCGCUGACCGGCGAAGAGGCGACAGUAAGCGCGCGAAUCGGCGUUUCGUUUCUCAAAAGCUUUUCUCCAAAGAGUUUAAAGGAAUUGGUUUUCGGUUCGAAUCCGUUGUCCGAAGAGUGGAGACAACAAUACCUCGAGUUCUCGCCGAACGUCUUCUACGGUCUCGUCCAGCGAAAGGGCGGUCCGUGCGGAGUGUUGGCCGCCAUUCAGGCGCACCUUCUCGUGCGCCUCUUCUUCUGCGAGACCGACGCCGACGUCCGCCAGUGUCUUGCCAAAGCCAUGGCCGACAUCUUGUGGCGCGCGGGCGACCGGAAGCGCGCGUUCGUCGCU